AUGAAGCAGCAGCCAAUUUAUCUUCUAAUUAAUUUUCAUUCACAGGCCGAGGGGGAGUACGACAAAGAUCAAUUGAGAAUUCUGCGCAAUGCGUUCAAAGCUUUCGAUCUCGAAGGCACCGGAUUUAUCGAUCAUAGCGAUGUCUCAGCUAUUCUCGAAAUUCUCGGCCAAAAACUCGAACCACCAGCUGUGAAAGCUCUGAUCAAGGAGGUGGACAAGGGCACCACGGGCAAACUGAAUUUCAGCCAGUUUUGCAAGCUGGCGGCUCGCUUCAUCGAGGUCGAGGAGGACGUGGGCGCCCUGCAAGCCGAGCUAAAAGAGGCAUUCCGUGUUUACGACAAAGAGGGCAAAGGCUAUCUGACGGUCGCCACCUUGCGUGGCAUUCUCCACGAGCUCGACGACAAAAUCUCCAGCCAGGACUUGGACUCGAUCAUCGAGGAAAUUGAUGCUGAUGGAUCGGGAACGGUUGAUUUUGAUGAGUUUAUGCAGGUGAUGACAGGCUAAACUGUUGGAUUAUCAAAUACUUAAGACUAACUUUAAUCCUUGGCUUACAACAUGAAACGGAUGAAUUCGAUUAUGUAAUUUCUAAUUGAAUCUCUUGAUUCAGAGUUGAAUAUAUAAAAUUGAUGCUUUGUUUAACAA